CGUGUACGGUUGUGUUUAUUAAUAUUAGCGCGGUUCAUGAUAAUUUAUUAAAAUUUGUGUGUUCUUUGAAAAGCUACCGCAAAGUGGUGAAUCGAAUUGAGGUGAAAUUUUCCUUCUACAAAUAGUGCACAAUAAAUAUACUAAAUGUAAAGUGAAUAAUAUAAUUAAUUUUGUGUUAUUUGUAUUGUGUGCGGCUAGUAAUAAAUAGCGACUGGUAAAGAAUUCGCUUGCUGUGGAGAGAGAAGCAGAAGGCGUCUAGUGCAAAGUGAAGAAUUUGUUUAUAUAAAAUAAUAUAUGAAAACGCAAAUUUGCAAAACAGAUUGCAGUGAACAAACCUUAGAAAAAUAGUGCUAAAGUAGAAUACGUGACUUGAGUGAGUAGAAUAUAUUUGUGAAGAUGAGAGUAAUAUAAAAAGGCAAGCAAUAGAAGUGAAGCCGUGUUUAUCUAAAAAUAAUAUUUGAUAAAUAAAGUGCGAAGUGAGUAUAAAAUUCAAAACUGAGCAAGUGAACGAGGAAAAGUGAAAGAUAGUUAAAUAGUUUUGUAUUGUUCACAGACAGUUGUUAGCAAAUGGUAGAUAGUGUUGUAGUUGAGAAAAGCAACAAUUGCGGAGAAAUCAACUAAAAAAUACAUCGCUUACAAACACAUGCUUGCCAAAUACAAGUAUUUAUGCAUGUACCCACAUAAUUUCGAAAUAAUAUUCGCUCGUGUAAUUCCAAUGCAAUAUUCCAACAAUUAUUUAAUUAUGGAUUAACAUAAAAAGUAUAAUUUUUUGGCGCAAAAAGUGAAUACUCGAGGAGCGUCCUUCAAUAUACACAAAUAAGGUUGGUUGCCUUUCUUCUACAAAGUAUUAAUUAUGUUCGCACACGACCACACUUAUUACAAAAACAAAAACAAACAGCGAAAAGUAAAUAACUAAUCAAAUGAAAGGUAUGCAUGUACUUCCGCUCGUCUAAACUUUUAUCAUCACUUGAAUUUUUUCCACUUGUCCGAUAAAAAUCACCAACAGCAACAAAUAUUUAUUUCAACUUUGCUUCAUAACUAUUAUAUGCAUACAUACAUAUGUGAAUAUAUAUGUAUGUAUAUUAAGCAGUGUUGCAGAUCAAAUAAUCAACAUUCUCAAGAUGUCAGCUGAAGUAUCAGUCGUUUGCUCCAUCAACGGGCAAUGGUCGUUAAGAAAUACAGCCGAAUAGUUCCCGCAAGAAAUUUCUUAGAAUUAUCGUAAACAGCUCGUAACAUCUGGAACAACUAAUACUCACUAGUGGACAUUCAAUUGGAAAUGGCGUAAUGAAAUAGAUAUACACUUCGAUGUAAAAACAAACAAAAAAUAUCUUCCUUCAAGCGCAAAAGUUUGCCUAAUUUAUAAGUCCUCUUUCUGAAAUACUUGUAUUAAAAUACUCAUUUUACGUAAAUAACUACUGUCCGCACAAGAAGCCAAUAUGAAUUCUGUUAUUUCCGCUUUUAAAACCAAAAAGAGUUCCAGCAAUAAUACACCCGCCAAUGAUAAAUCGCUUGCUAGCGGCUGCACCUUAAACACCGCCAGCGCCAGCUCGAAAAAGAAGGCGAUCAAUGCACAGGACAAUGGAUACCAGUACCUGCGACACAUACGCGAAAUCGAAUCGGCAACGAAAAUGCUAUCGCCGGUGGUAGCAGUUGACGAUUUCCGGUCACCUUGUGUCGACGUAGUCGAUCAUGCGCCCGCAACAGUACGUCUGGCCACAACUUUGGAGACGACACCACCUGCCGACUACAAUAUGAACGGUGCCAAGUGUGCGACGCACAACGUUGGCGAUAGUGGGAUGACAAAUAUGAACCCAACAGCUACAAUGUCAAAUGCUGAGAAUGGCAACUGCAAUGAAUUGCUUGCCAUUAAGGCGAUAACCAACGGACAAACGAGUCCAUCGUCCCCCAGUAGUCCGGUGCAGCAGCUGCCUGAUGCAGACGAUGACGAGUCAGAGCACUCGGCGGCAGCAUGCACAAGCAGUUCCAGUGAGCAAAGCAAUAGCACUGUAGUGCAUAGUCCCACACGUGUACGUGUAGUGGGGACAGCCGCAGUGUGUGGUGCAACAGCAGUGGCUCCAAACGCUCAACCCAGUCCAGCCAAAAGUCUGCGCAGUAAUGCCUCAACAUCAUCCUCAUCUUCUGGCACUUCUGCCACCACAUCAGCAUCUUCGUCGAUUGCCAUCUGCAAUUCGGGCCCGAGUUCAUGCACUUCGUCUACGAGCUGCGACGUAACUACGCUAGCCAAUUGCUCGCCACAUAAUUCCACAUUGACGUUAUCCUCUUCAGGCAGUGGUGGUGGCGUCAAUUCGACACCAGCUUCUCCUACAGAUAUUAUCAGCUGCAAUGCUGCAGAUGCAAAUUAUGUGCCUGCCUUUCUCAAGUCCGCUCCCGUCACAUUGCCCAUCAUCAUGCCAAACGGCAACAGUGGCUUAGCAUCGAUGCCACCACAUUAUCACGCAUAUGGCAUGAAUGGCGUUGGUGGUGUGGGCGUGUAUGGUGGUGGUACGCCGGUGAACUCAGCGUCGACUACGCCGAAGCAUAUACGUUACCCCAAGCCACGUCUCAGUUUGAGCCGCUUCAUCAAUCAUUCGAUGCCAUCGGUGCACGGACGACAGAAUCUGAGUGUCGCAGGCGGCGCAACGACGGACGUGAGUUCGGGCGGUGCAGUGGGGACGAACCCGCCUAAGCGCAUUUCAACGCAUCAGCGGAAUUUGAGUUUAGAUUUUAGGUAUGCAGCCUUGAUAUCACAGCAUUCGAAAGCACACAACACAAAAUAGCUGACGUCAUCCAGGCGAC